GUAUAUUCCGUCAUGUUUACAGGAAGAAAGCUCACAUGAGAGAAGAAGUGCGUCGCCUGGAUACUGCACGAAGCUUGAGGAUGUUCAACAGAUUAGAAGAUGCAGGAGGAGUGUGUGUCUCUGCAGGUGUGUGUCAGUGUAGUUGGAGCUCUGGAGUGUGUUGUCCGCCGGUGUCUCGGUCCAGACGGUGGAAGUGUUCUGUUCACACGAGACACAGGAGAAACUCUCAUCAGCAGACACGGACAACGCCUUCUCAGCACACUCCAGCUGCAGCACCCCAUGGCCAGGAUGGUGUUGGACUGUGUGUGUGCACAUGCUAAAGCUACUGGAGACGGCACAAAAUCAUUCCUUCUCCUGCUGGCCGCGCUGUUACGAGGAAUUCAGGACUCACACAUGCAGCACAUAGGAUCUCGGAGCAUCCCUAGUUUUCAAAAUCUUGCUAAUCGCCUGUUGGCAGUGAGCAGGAAGGAGUUGGAAGAGGUCGUAACACACAAACUCACCCCAUAUGCCUCAAUGUACUGUAGUCACCGUAGUUACAGACUGGAGGGCAGCAUUCUUGAUUUGUUGAUCGGCGGGUUUAUUUCUGGAAGAGUGGGGAUCGGCCAGGCGGAUGUACUGAAACGAGUUCUGUGCGAGUUCUACCACAAAGUCAGUCAAGAUCAAAAUGCAGUAGAAACGAUCUCAUUCAUACAGUCACACUUCUCUUUUCUACAUACGGCCGUGACAGGACUUCCUACUGCCUGCUCAGAGGUGAUUGAAGGCCUGGUUGUGACUUGUGAUUGGUCAGCGUGGACUGAACUGCAAGGACCAAUAAAAGCAUUAAUUGUAUAUGAGAGUUUUGGAGCUUCCUUUGUCACUGUAGGUGAAAACAUAUCCGUGUGCAUUCAAAAGGACUAUCUGCACCGCUCGGAGAGCAUCAUGAAGCAAAAGUUAGCAACUUUAUUGGACUUACAGGUGCAUGUGGUGCUGUCCUCCGUGAAGCAGCCAGAAAGAGUGUCACAGUGGGCUCGACUGAACCAUGUUUCUUUACUUGAGUGUGUCGAUUCAGCCCAGCUGGAUUUUCUUUCACACAUCUGCGCUGCAGAAACACUCUCUCAUCCACCGCUUCAACACCUUGUGAUGCUCAAGUACUGUAGACGUGUGCAACUCGGCGGGCAUCGCUAUGCCUGUCUGGGAACGUUUUUGCACAUGCACACGCUUGUUCUUUGUGCCCCAGCGCCGGGAUUUCUUGACCAGAUUGUGUGUGUGAGCCAAGGUGUGUUUGCAAUGCUGCAACAUCUAUCUCAAAGCUUUUGUCAGACACUGGCAUCUGACCAAUCACAGAGUCCUUCUUUGGACCAGUCACAAAGUGUGCUUUCAUCGCAAGACCUUUGGGGUGGUAUUCUGCGUGCAGGUGGAGUGCUUCCUGUUGGCGGCAUGUUUGAGUUCUUGCUACAUCAUUUUUUGUUGAACGAACGUAACUCUUGUGACCCAGAGAGCUGUAGGCUGCUGGCAGAGGCUUUGUUGUGCUUGCCUAGAACGUUGUAUUCUCACAAUCACAGACGGUUUCUGAAUAUCCAGACACGUUUCUUGGAUGAUCUUAAGCAAUGGGAAAAGACCAAAGAGCAAAGGUCAGAAAUGCCUGAGUUGAAGUUUGGUUUCGGCGAGAGUUCUGUACCGUGUCUUGAGUCGGUCAGUGGGAAGAAGCAGCUGGUUGUUUCUGUCCUGCAGUGUUUGCACAGACUCUUAUGUGUAGGGGCUAUUUUACACACACGCUCUCCAUUACGCACCGGCCCUCAAACACACUCUGAGGAGGAUGAGGAUGAGGAGGAAGAGAAGCUGAAGCGUUCAAAUUCUACUCCGUCAACGGAGGGCUGAUCUGUUUACAGUGGCCCUAAAAAGAUUCUAUUCUCAAGUCAUGCAUGUCUGAAUGUCAAAGCAUUGAAUAAAAAAUAUAAACCAGAGUUGCAUCUGCAAACAAAUGCUUCUCUCAAAAAGCCAUGUUUUGUUUUUAGUUCAUGUAUGACGUCAGUACCUCUCAAGUUCACAAAUCUGUCCUUGCAGAAUAAACCACUUUAGUAGAUCAUCAUAUUAAUUACAUUUAAAGCCUACUUUCCUUUUUCAUUUAUUUUUCUUUUAAAAUAAAAGCCACUUGCUUUGAUGUUUUUAUAUAAAAAAGACAUUCAGGCAUGUUUGAGAGUCCACAUACUUGUUUGAUGUAAUAUAUAUUUAUCUAUUGUAUAUAAAAUUCAGUAAUUGUUGUAAUACCUUCAUAGAAUAUACACAUUGUUUUGAAUUUUUAAAUAUAGAUUCUAAAUGCAGUGUAAUUUUCUAGAAACAAAUAUUAGGCAUAUUUGUAAUACAGUUAUAUUUGCAGUUAACAUUUAUAAUUAGUUUUACAAAAAAAAGUUGUUAUUGUUGUCUGAUGUUUCUGAAAUUUUUUUCUUUUUUAGAGCUUGAAAUUUAGUAAGUCAAUAAAAGUAGUAC